AUGUCAUCGUCUAAUAGUAUUACUGAUAAAUCGUCAUCAAUCACUUGGACUAAGUUGUCCUUGGGUGAAUUACGGGACCUGUGUAUAGUUUGUGGUUUAGCUACAAAUGGAAAUAAGGAGGAAUUAAGUGCCAAUUUAAAGGCCUAUUUUGAAAAAAGAAAAGAAAAGUUACCUGCAAUGUUAUUUAGAGACGAAGUUGGUGUGGAUAAUCCUGAUAACAAUUGUGAUCAGGGCCAUUUUAAGGACAAUGCUAAUGCAUUGCCCCACAAUAGUGUUAAGUCAAAUAAUGAUUCAAAUUUAGGCACUUCUGAUUCCUUUCUCUCAGCCUUGAGAAAGAUAGAGAAGAAAAUGGAUCAGAAUUUUGUGCUUUUACAAGACCAGCAAAUUAGAGAAACAGAAGAGGAAAGUUUUUUAGAUGAAGCAUGGCCUAGGGCAACAGCAUUGCAGAUAGUUGGUUGCAAUAAUAAAAUGAUAGGAAAAUAUAAAGAUCGUAUUCUAGCAGUUUCAGCAUCGCCAUUUUACAAAGCAGGGAGUUGGAAUAGUAAAAGGAAAAGCAGUUUCUAUAAAGAUGAUAAAAAAGGUUCAAGUAGCAAAUAUUAUUAUGCUUCAAUAUCAUCUUUCGAAUCUGAGCAAGGAGAAGCAUAUUGGCAAAACAAGAAAAGGAAGAAAUCUUAUCCCUUUCAUGCAGGGAAGGAUAAAAAGCCAACAGGUUAUUCAAAAGCAUUUACCUGUUAUAACUGUGGCGGAAUUGGUCACUUCUCCACAAAUUGUCCUUUCCCAAAUGCAAAAUCAUUUCAAAACCUAAGCAAGAAGGAUACUUAUUUCAAUUUUUGCAAUACAACUAGCCAACAAUCUUUUCCAUCAUCUGAGGAAACUAUUUUAUCUUGUCUUGCAUGGCUGGACUUGACAGAUACUAUAUCAAGCUGUUCAUAUAUACUGGCGGCAAUUUCAAGGAAACAUUUAGAAGCAGGUUUACCAGAUCCUACAAAAAACUUCAGAGGAAGUUCUAUUUUAACCCAGGCUAAAAUAACCUACUCGUGA